UGCUGUUUUGGAAGCGCGUACAACGUUACGGCUAAUUGCUUUGGAAGUAGGUUUGAAAACCCGACGUAGAAAAGUGAGCUGAACAGCGUCAAGCAAUGUUCGAGAGACGUUCGUGGUAAAUCCAAAGGCUCGGCGGAAUGUGGAGGUUGAGUACUGUACGCCACAAGUCGCGCCGGUUGGGUAGCAGUCAGGAGGAGUUCAAGUCGAAGAGGCGUGAACGGGAGAAAGCGCUGAGACAGGCACGGAAGGAUCAGCAACUUGUCAGUAAACGACUUCUGCAAGAGGAUGAGGAUGAGGAGGAGGAAGGCUCCAUGGACACUGCAGCCAAUCUGCUGUCCAAAGAAGAGGUGGUGGAGCUGCUGCGCAAAGUGCAGCAUGGCGGGGAGGAAAAGUUUAACCACCUUCGAACCCUGAGAAGGAUCCUACGCAGCCCAGAGACCCAGCUCAUCUUCAUAAAGCUGGAGAACAGUAUUCAUGUACUGGUGGGGCUGCUCAGUGGCUCAAAUGCUCAGUGUCAACUGGAGGCAGCCCACUGUCUCCACGAGCUGUCCCACUCACCCCACCCUGCUGCUGGCCCCGCCUGCCUCCCCGCCACGCCCUACCUGCUCACAUACCUGUCUGGACAGAGUGACAAGUUCACUGAGCUGUGUUUGUACACACUGGGGAAUCUGUGUGCAGACAGUGAGGCGGUGAGAGUCAAGCUCCUGGCCCAGGGCAUUGUUCCAGCUUUGGCCAGCUGCAUACAGCGGCCUAACCUUGCAGUGGUGGAAGCUGUGGGAUUUGCCCUUUCUCAGCUCCUCCAGGCUAAAGAAGCUCCAGAGAAAAUUGUCCCGAUGGUCUUGGCUUCAGGGUUAACCCCUCACCUGCUGGCUGCACUUCAGUCAGAUCCCCAGUUUGGGAUGGGCGCUGCCAUUGAGUGUGCCUGGUGUCUGCACUACCUGGUCUGCAGUAAUGUGGACAAUGGAACACUUGUAGCACAGGGGGCUGUGUUAAAGUGCUGUUCCCUCCUCAUAACACUGGGUGGCGCUGUGGCUACAGGUAACACAGAGGAAGGUGUGGAGCUGCUGGUCUGGCCCCUGCUGCGCUCGGUGGGAAACCUGCUGGCCGGCUGCAGACUGGAGGACCUGGGGCCCCAAGUGAGGGACAGCCGUCUGCUGCCCGCGCUCCUCGUUCUCUCCCAGGCCUUCCUGCAGCCCUGCCCCGCCCUGGCCAGAGAGAGCCUGUGGGUCCUCAACAACCUCACAGCCGAUUCCAGCACUUUCUGCUCAGCUGUGCUCUUCCUGAACCUUGUCCCGGUCUUGAUCCAGCUCCUGCCUUUCUCCAAGGGGAUCAAUAGUAUGGUCCUGCGGGUUCUGGGUAACAUCGCUCACCAGGGGACUGCAUACUGUGCCCAGCUGACUCAGUCAGGCCUUCUGCCUGCCCUGUGCUCCACUCUCAAGAUGGCCGACCCUGAAGUGGUGACCCUCAGUCUGGAGGUCCUGCAUAUGCUGCUGGCCAGCAAUUCGCAGAUGGCUGAGGAGUUUACAAACCUUAAAGGGCUCCCCCUACUGGAGGCUCUUCAGUACAACAGCCAGGGGGAGAUGCGCCUACGAGCAGCCUACAUUCUAGACCAUCAUCUAACUGCAAGCAACCAGGUGGAUCCUCCUGCAUCAUGACAGAUCAGUGAAAAGGAGACUUGUUUUUACAGACUACCAAUUUAACUUUGCUGUUAGAACCACUGUAAAAAUGUUUUGGUUUUCUGUGAAAGACUGGCCAUAAGUACACUGCAAGAUGGCUUGCUUGAAAUAUCUUGCAGCUUGGCACAAUCAACAGUAAUA